AUGGUGUGGUCAAAGCAUUUUGGUCGCAUCGAAGGGGGGGAGAUCCUUUCUCCUUCUGACUUGUGCAGCCGGUGUAGAGCUGCGUUUGGCGAGCAGGCAGCAGCAGAGACGCCACAUGUCCGCCUGCAUGAUUUGCCCACUUUGUUGGAGUGGGAAGCCGAGUUUCAUGGGCUGAAAAGAGGCAAGGCGCCAGGAGCAGAUGGGAUAUCUCAUGAUAUAAUCGCAGGGCUCGGCCAGAACGUGCCACAAGGCAGCUACUCGCUCGCUUUGAAGACCGCUGUCACUGGGGCCGAGCCGCUUAGAUGGCGAGGCGGUCUGGUGACCGCGCUGUACAAAGGAAAAGGCUCGCUUUCCGAUGUAGGCGCCUUUCGUAGCACACUUGUGUCUGAGGUGCUUGCUAAGCGUUACCACAGCUGGGUACGCAAGAGGCUAGAGCCGUGGCUGGCCAGCGUGGCGCACAGCAUGCAGCAAGGUCCGAUCGGUCACCACUCCACCCCGGAGAUGUCCCUGAUGGUACGAACAGUGCAAAUGCACAUGCGCGAGCGUGGUGUGCCGCUGGGUUGCCUGUUUGUAGACAUUUCUGCGGCCUUCUACUCUGUUUUGCGUGAGUUCCUUCUGCCAGCUCAAGCAGACGUCGGCGCACUGCUGGCUUUGUGCGGCAAGCUUGGGUUCUCCACUGACACCACACGGGACGUCAUCUCCGCACUUGCCAGUCAAGACGAGCCUUGCUUGAAUCAGGUUUGGCAGCGACGUGUAGCAGAUGUGCUCAGUCAUACGUGGUUUCAGGUGACCGGAUCCACGAAUUGUGUAGCUACACGCAGGGGCAGCCGUCCUGGAGACCCCUUGGCCGACCUCCUGUUUGGAAUAGUGAUGGCCCAGGCUCUGACGGACAUUCAGAAGUUCUUUGAGGCGGAGGGGUUUUCUUUGCAGAUCUCGCGGGCCGGCGUGCUGCCAGAUGUCAGGGUUGCUGAUUCUGCGAUGCCGAUUGCAGGGGCCUGGCAAGACGACUGUGUGUUUUUCAUCACAGCAUCGUCGUGUGAUCUCCUCGUGCCGAGGUGCAGAGCAGCCAUACGGCAAAUACAUGCCGCUUUUGCAGUGCGUGGUCUCGAGUUGAAUUACAAGCCCUCCAAGACCGAGCUUCUUCUUUGUCCUGUUGGGGUAGGCUCCAGAGCGGUUAAGUCUCAGAUUUACCGGCAGCCCCCAUUUUGUGUGGCAGUCCUGCCUGAUCAUGGGCCGUGUCUGGGCAUUCGCGUUGCCCCAGAGUAUCGGCAUCUUGGCACAGCUGUUGAGUGGUCUGGUUCUUUGGCUCCUGCCAUUGAGCAAGCCAUCGAGGGUGCUGCGGCCCUUAUCAAGCCUUUGCGAAAGCAUGUCUUCGGCAACCGCGAUGCCCCUCUUGCGGUGAGGGUCAUGUUGUUCAGGUCGCUUGUACUAGCCAAGGCUUUGUAUGCCACAGGCUCAUGGGCGGGGCUCACAAAGGGCGAGUCAUUGCAAUGGCAGGCAGGCAUUACAAGGUUGCUCAGAGCUCUGGUGCCCUAUAAAGAGAUUCGUGAGGAUCCAAAAAUUUCUCUCUUCUGGCUCCUGCGCACUUUGAAGCUUCCAGCUCCCAGUGUAAUGCUCCGCUUGGAGCGAUUGCGACUCUUGAGCCAGAUCCUUGGCAAGGACACCAUACCUCUUCGGCAGAUACUCGAGUCCGCAGCAGGUUCCAAAAGAUGUUGGCUCACAGAUGUGGUCUCAGACUUACAGUGGCUGAGAGAGACAGCCAGUGCCGCAGGCUGGAGUUUCCCUCUGAAGGCCGACUUUACAGAGGAUCUGGAGCAGGCAUUUUUGAUUCUGCAACAGCAGGGGCGGCUUUUCGGGAGCCUUGUGAGGAGGGCAUGGCGUCACUCCGGCACACACGUUUCUCAGGGUGACAUUUGGCACUCUGAGCGCCAGCAAGAUGAAAUGAAGGUGUGCCCAGUUUGCCAGAGUUCCUUUAAGGGAAUGCGUGGCCUGCGGAGCCACUUCGCCCUCAAACACCGCAUCUUUCCCGAAGUGCACAGCUUGCUGUACACGGCAGAGCUCCACACAGGGCUCUCUGGCCGCCCUGCCAGGAUAGUUGUAGACACUGGAUCCGGCGAUUUCUGGCUGAAACCGGAGGUUGCCGUCGAACACUACCACGGCAAAACGCAUGUAAGUGUGCUGCCACUGACAGACAACGCGACUGGACACGCGCUCAUGCAGGAGUACCAGAUCCAUUACGGACUGGGUACAGUCAUUGCCCUUCCCGUCGUAGAGGAGCACAUCUGUAUCGAGGCCCUGUGUGUGAAGUAUCUGGAACUAAUGCUGGCAGUGAAGAUCAUGGGUGUGGAGCAGCUUUCAGUCUUCGAUG